CACGUUAGCCCUCUCUCUCUCUCUCUCUCUCUCUCUCUCUGUGGACCAUUUAGCCAUGAGUAGUAGUUCUACCAAGUUGGAAGUCGUCCAGCAGGUGAACUUCCCAACCCCAAGAACCUUUCUCACCUCAUUCAAAUCCAAUCUCAAAGAAACAUUCUUCCCAGACGAUCCCUUCCACCAUUUCAAAACAGAACCAAACCCCCUCGGUCGAGCCAAGAAAGCAAUCCAAUACUUCAUCCCUGUCUUCCAAUGGCUUCCAAACUACAACUUCCGUCUCUUCCGUUACGACCUCCUUGCUGGUAUCACCAUCGCUAGCCUUGCAAUCCCUCAAGGAAUUAGCUACGCUAAGCUCGCUAAUAUUCCUCCUAUUAUUGGCCUCUAUUCAAGCUUUGUGCCUCCUCUGAUAUACGCCAUUUUUGGUAGUUCAAGAGAUCUUGCAGUUGGAACUGUUGCUGCCGCUUCAUUGCUCCUCUCUUCAACUUUAGGAGAUAAAGUAUCUCCUAAAGAUGAUCCAGCAUUGUAUCUUCGAUUGAUUUAUACUUCUACUCUCUUUACUGGAAUUUUUCAAGCGGCUCUUGGGAUCUUCAGACUUGGGAUUUUGGUAGAUUUCUUGUCACAUUCGACGAUUAUUGGAUUUAUGGGAGGAACAGCCAUCAUCAUUAUUCUGCAACAACUUAAGGGCAUGUUUGGUUUGAGUCAUUUCACAACGAAAACAGAUCUAAUCUCUGUUAUGCAUUCAAUCUUCAGCCAAAGAAAGGAGUGGAGAUGGGAGAGUGCAGUUGUGGGAUUAUGCUUCCUUGUUUUCCUCCUCUCCACAAGGGGCUUGAUGAAGAAGAAGCCAAAGCUAUUUUGGGUGUCGGCAGUAGCUCCAAUGGUGACCGUAGUAGUGGGGUGUGUUUUUGCUUACGUCGUUCAUGGAGAAAAGCAUGGAAUUCAAAUUGUAGGUCACUUGAAUAAAGGUUUAAAUCCUUCUUCUCUUAGACAAUUAAACUUUGAAUCUGAGUAUCUUCCUGUAACUAUAAAAGCUGGGAUCAUCACAGGCAUCUUGGCUUUAGCCGAAGGGAUAGCUAUAGGAAGGAGUUUUGCUGAAAUGAAAAACUACCAAAUAGAUGGAAAUAAGGAGAUGAUAGCUUUUGGGAUUAUGAACCUUGUUGGCUCCAUCACUUCAUGCUACUUGACCACAGGGCCAUUUUCAAAAUCUGCUGUGAAUUACAAUGCAGGGUGUAAGACCCAAAUGUCAAAUGUAGUGAUGUCUAUAUGCAUAAUGCUUACUCUCUUAUUCUUAGCUCCUCUCUUCAGUUACACUCCUCUUGUUGCUCUCUCUGCAAUAAUCAUGUCUGCAAUGUUUGGACUCAUCAAAUACAAAGAGGUUUAUCGCUUAUUCAAGCUCGAUAAGUUCGAUUUUUGCAUUUGUAUGGCUGCUUUCUUGGGUGUUGUCUUCAUUAGCAUGGACAUUGGCCUAAUGCUAUCUGUAGGAAUCUCAAUAGUUAGAGCACUUCUAUAUGUAGCCAGGCCUGGUGCUUCCAAGCUUGGGAAGAUACCAAAUUCAACAUUGUUCAGUGAUAUAGAGCAGUACCCUAAUGCAACUUCAGUUCCAGGCAUUCUUAUCCUACAGCUGGGUUCCCCUAUUUACUUUGCUAAUUCAGGUUAUAUCAGAGAGAAGAUCUCAGGGUGGAUUGAAGAGGAAGUGGAUGUAAAAAACUCAAAAGGGUGUGAUCUUGAGCAUCUAAUACUAGAUUUUGGAGGAGUUACAUCUAUUGACAUGACUGGCAUUGAAAUGUUAUUUGAAAUGCAAAGGAACACUGCAACAAGAGGAAUUAAGGUAGCAUUAGUAAACCCUAAGGUAGCAGUGUUGGAAAAGUUGAUUCUAUCAAAAUUCAUUGAGUAUAUUGGGAAGGAAUCUGUGUUCUUAUCAAUUGAGGCAGCAGUUGAGGCAUCACAUUUCAUGCUUAAUGAAUCAAAGGAUAACAGAAAUAGUGCAGGACCCUCAAUUACUAUAGAGACCAACACUUAUGUAACUGAUGAUAAUGAUCUAUAGUUAAACCACUUGAUGAUGUUGACCCCAUAGCUAGGUUAUAUGAUAAAUCUGAAAUCAUUAA